AUCAAACCUGCCAUAGUUUCCCAAACAGCAGCAGCAUAGUCUUGAUAAGGGCAAAGCACGGCUCCUAUCGUGUAGAUUUCGACGCGUCCCACCCACGCCGCGAAGCGAGGUAACUUCAGCUGUUGGAGACGCGCAUUGCAUGUGAUAAAUAGUUCGUACCUGAGUUGGCGGUGUGAUCGUCCUUGAGAGCACUCAUUGCUCUUCGGCGCCAUUCAUUCGCUCAUCGUAGCGGCAAUCGCUAGUCAAGCAGAGGACGCACAUCAGAAGGUCGCUUUCCGUUCCAGGCCUACUUUGUUCGCCGUGGUGGAAAACCCAUAAACUGAUUAAUCUCCCGUCGCUCACUGACCUAAGCCAGCUAUCUUUUUCGACGAAUUCUUACCUUUCCCAUCCUGCUGACGGCCGCAAAGUCGCCUCAUUAUGGAGCUAUUACGGCGGCGCGGCCCCCCCUCCUUAGUCCACAUAGCCUUACUCGUAGCAUGCCUAGCGGGUCUCGCGGCAGCAGCUUCAGAACUUCCGGAAGCGGAUUUCGCGGCAGCAUCGCCGCUACCGACGCGGUUCGAGCAGGCCAUGGCGGAGACGGCCGCGCUGAGCCCCGACGCGAAAGCCAGGCUGCACGCCGCGCGGCUGAGCGAGCGAAUGCUGCUCGUUCACGACGACGAAGGCGACGUUGGCGACGACGGCGAAGCCGGCGAAGAAAGUGGUAACGGCGAGGGCCACCGUCGCGAGUUGGCGGUCACGAGGAAGCAGCUCGGUCUGCGGCCGCGGUUUCUAAACUCUGGACCGAGUAUGGCGGAUGUGAAUAACACCUUCUUCCGGUGGGACUCGGUAAAGCCGAACGCGUUUGUGGACUGGCGUCAGACCAUGUACAUCUCGCCCAUUCAGCGCCAAUACCAGUGCGGGAGCUGCUGGGCGAUUGUGGCCGUCGAUUCCAUCGCGAUGAUGUGGGCGAUCAUCAACAACACGACGCCGCUGGUGCUGUCGCCGCAGCAGGUGUGCGACUGCGCGACAAAGCAAUGCUGUAAGGGCGGCUGGCCCGACUGGGCCUUCUCCUACAUCCUCUUUAACGACGGCAUCGCUUCUAUCGACGAGUACCCGUAUGUCGCGGAGGACAGCGCGGUCUGUAACUCGAACGCGUCGACGCCGCUCGCGGCGAAGAUCACGGGGUGGGAGCUGGUUCCGCCGUACAACGCCAUGGCGCUGAUGAAGGCCGUCAGCAUGCAGCCGGUCGUCGCGUUUCUGUCCGGCAACUCUAACGACUUCCAGUACUACUCGUCGCGCGACCAGGUUAAGAUCUACGACGGGACGUGCACGACGGAUAUCAAUCACGCGGUGAUUGUGGUGGGCUUUAACUACACGGGGCCGAGUCUCGAGGGCAGCUAUUGGAUAUUGAAGAACUCGUGGUUCAACACGUGGGGCGACGCGGGAUACAUGUACCUCGCGAUGACGCCCGACGUGCGCGGGAAGUGCGGGCUCCACGCCAUCCCCGCCAUGUACCCAGUCUACUACGCGGGGCCCGAGCCUGUCAAGAUUGCCAACGGCCCCUUCGGUCGCCGGGACGACGGCUACGACGGCAAGUGGUGGUCGCGAACCUACUCGGGCCCCGUCGACGCGUGCGCGAACCUAAUCAACCCGUGCGGCGGCGGGCGCUGCUACACGCUAAGGGGAAUCGCGCGCUGCGACUGCCGGUACCUGCCGAACAUGGUGGAGGUGCUCUCGACGCCCACCGCCAAGUGCGUGCCGCGCUACCCGUGCACGAGCCGCGAGGUCUUUAAUCCGUGCGGGAGCGGCGUGUGCCGGAAUCCGGGCGACGGGACGUACACGUGCGAGUGCCCCGCGGGCUACGCCAUCGGAACGGCAUCAGACGGCACCAUCACGUGUGUCGGGGUGGGCACGACGGCAGCGGUGGGGCAGACGUACACCACCGCGCCUGGCGAUUCGUGCACCGUUGUGGCCAACACGUUCAAGCUCCCCGCCGUCACUCUCGCGGCGCUCAACCCGUUUCUGGAUUGCUCGCUUGCAUACAUCGCUCCUGGCAUGGUGCUGCUUGUUUCGAAUACUACAGCCAACAGCCCAGCCUUUGUCUGCACCGCCACGUACACAGUGCAGCUUGGCGACACGUGUCCGUCGCUCGCCAACUCGUAUUUCAACGGCGACCUGAUCGCUCUCCGGGCGGCUAACCCCCUCAUUUGCACAACCGAGAGGGCGUCCCUGCUGCCGUCGCAGCAGAUCUGCAUCAGCACCACGUCGCCCAGCCCCGUGAUCACCGUGCCCCAGUGCGGCCAGACGUACACGUCAGUGGCUGGCGACACUUGCGAUGUGAUCGCCACCAAAUACAACCUCGCAACCAGCACAUUUAUGAGCCUCAAUCCAGCCCUUUCCUGCGACACUGCCCUCAAAAUCGGUCUCUACCUCUGCGUUGCGCCCAAGACCUCUCUGACGUCAGUUGAGUGCACACAGCAGUACACGGUGCUCCAGGGAGACAACUGCCCCAACAUCUGGAACGCAGCCAACCUCACCGAACCGCUCUUCCUUGCCAUCAACCCCGGCAUCCGGUGCCAGGCGCCGUACCUGCAGGUGGGCCAGAAGGUGUGCAUCAACUCCCCCGUGCUCGCCACACUCAGGACCGCCAGCAACACCAGCUUCUCGAUCUACACCAUCCAAGAGGGCGACACCCUCGCUCUCAUCUCCUCCAAGUUCGUCACCCGCUGCACCACCGUCUCCGUCUCCCCCGUCAGCAUCGCCGCCCACAACAACAUCCUUGAGACUUCGCCGCUCAUUGUCAACACCACGCUGAUCAUCCCCUGUGAUUCCCGCGUCGGGAUUCUUGAUUGUGGAUGCGCCGAGUCGCUCCCGGUGUGCGGCGCUGAUUUUGUGACGUACCCGUCGUAUUGCGAUGCGCUCUGCAACUACGCCAUGCCGGUGGUUGAAGACGGGGCGUGUUCAGGGUGCAACGCCGCAUGCACGAACCGUGCCGGGGUCGCGCCGCUCCCCGGGUACGGAUGCUCCUGGACGGUUUGCCCGUACCCGACCUGGAAACCGCUGGACAGCGAUUGUUCUCUUAUGGUAGGGGAGGAGGUUGGCAAGUGCUGCGCAUUCGUUACCACGACGUGCGAGAACGUGUGCACUGCAACGAAGCUCACUCUCGGAGGGACGGCGGCCACGCAGACGACCAACUACAACCUGUGUUACAACAACUGCUUCUGCUGCGCGCGGUUACCGUGUGGCAGUGUGAACACGUGCCAGGCGCAGAGCACCUGCUGGUCUCAGAGCCCCAGAAAGUGCACAUACAGCAGCUAUAAGUACUGGUGGAACUGUACUUAUUUUGGGGGUGAUUACCCCAAACCGUGAUUGUGGCGCACUGAGAUCAGAACUGUCUGGCCUUGGUGGGUAUGCUUCAGGGGCAAGACCCAACCGAGGAGGACGGGAGGAAGAGAGGCAUCUCCUGGGUUUCUGUUGGGGACUAAUUGGUUUGGGAUGUUAAAAUUCUGCUGCUUGCAUUCUGCUGCUGACUGUUACUUGGUGCUUUUACGGUAUUUUUUUUAUUGUCAAGGUGUAACAUAUCAAUCAGCUGUCAAAGGCCCUCAGAUUUCAGGAUUUUUUCCUGAUUUUCAGGGUGUUCAGCUGUGCUGACCCUGAAUUUCCAGCCUCGGAGGGGGGGGGGGGGGUGACUCUGAUUUUCAGUGUAAAUGUUUGUACGGGGCCUGAAAUUUCAGCGUGUAUUUUGACGCCGACACUGAUGCAUCAGUGUCGCAUCGCGUAUGUAGACUGA